AUGUACAACCCAGUGGGCAGCUCUCGUGAGCGAGCCAGACAGUGGAUAAUAAACGCCGCAGCUAGUUGUUGCUCCAUGCACAAGCACGAUCCUAUUGCACCCAUUCAUUCGUUUAUUCACUCGUUCCUCUCCUGGUGGCGAACCAGACGAGAUCUGGAUUGUAACACGGAACAGGUUCUCGGCUUUGUCCUGGAAGAAACAGAGGGCGCGAUUACAGUGGAAGCUGCUGGCUCUGUCCACCAGGUGUCAGUGGACAUCAGCACCUGCUUGUCAUCAUCGUCAAGCAUCGAUGCCAACUCCAGAGCGGUUAUCGCCCUUUCCCGCCUCAAAGCGCAGUCGGUCAUCGGGACACAAAAACACUUGGAACCCGAUUCAAUCGAGGUCAAGUGGGCGCUCCAGCUGCAAAGCGCGAUGGCGUCCGCGUGA